GCGCGGACGUGGCUGGUAAUGAUGGCGGCAGUGGCGGUGGAGGGCUUCGGCUUCCAGCUCGGAGGGCCAGUGACCAGGCCCUCCCUGCUCUCCUCUAGGCCCUCCUGCCCUCAGGGGGUCUCAUCCCUCCGCUGUGCGAUCCCAAGGGCUGCUCUCCCUCAGGCUGGCACCAGGUCUCUCGCUCUGGCUCCAAAGACUGCCGUGCAGGCCUCCUCCUCUUCCUCCUCUUCGGCUUCCAAGGGGUUCAGCAUUGACUUCCAGCUCAUCGCCUACUUCGCGCUCUGGUAUCUCGGCAACUACUACUACAACAUCACCAACAAGCUCGCUCUCAAGGCGGCAGGGGGGGCUGCAGGUUUCCCUCUCACUAUCGCCACCCUCCAGCUUGGUGUUGGUUGCCUCUAUGCUCUCUUCCUGUGGGCGGCUCCCGAUGCUCGCAAGCUCCCUAGCACGACCAAGGACGACCUUGUGAAGAUUGUUCCGGUUGCUUUCUGCUCGGCGGCUGCUCAUUCUUUCUCGGUUUUCGCUCUGAGUGCCGGAGCUGUGUCCUUUGGACAGAUCGUGAAGGCGGCUGAGCCGGCCUUCGCUGCUCUUCUUGGUGUUACUUUGUACCAGAAGAAGGUCUCCAAGGGCAAGUGGCUCUGCCUCAUCCCCGUCAUCGGCGGUGUCGUUCUCGCAUCCGUCAAGGAGUUGGACUUCGCCUGGUCCGCCCUCAUCACCGCCUGCUUGGCCAACCUCUUCGCCGCCUUCAAGGGACAAGAGAACCAGAAGUUGAUGACUACCCCGGGAAUCAAGGACAGGCUCGGCAACGUCGGCAAUCAGUUCGCCAUCACCAUGAUCCUCUCGUUCCUCAUCUCCCUCCCUGUCAUGAUCCUCAAGGAGGGCAGCAAGUGGGGUGAGUUCUGCACUAUCUGGGCCACCAACCCAGUCGUCUCCUUCAACCUCAUCGCCUCCGGCCUGUGGUUCUACGGAUACAAUGAGCUCGCCACCAUGACCAUCAAGAAGACCAACGCUGUCACUCAGUCCGUUGCCAACACCGCCAAGCGUGUCAUCGUCAUCAUCGGUGUUGCUAUCGUGCUCCAGGAGAGCUUGGAUCCCAUCAAGCUCCUUGGCUGCGCCAUUGGCAUCGGAGGUGUCUUCCUCUACUCCGUCAUCGACAUGAUCUUCCCCCCCAAGGACAGCAAGCAGGUUUCUGCUGGCAAGUAA